UGUUGAUUUUUUUCUUGUAAAAAAGUAGACACCCACGUUUGCAAGUGUUGAUCUAAUUGGCGUAACAUUGCAUGAAAUUGCAACAACAAAAAAGUACUACGUUACGUGCUCUACGUACAUGUGUGUUGCUCUUCAUCCAGUUGAUAUUAACUACUGUGGACCUUUGCUUCUAAAUCGAUUUGUACGUGCUGCUAUUGCAUGUUUAUCAGAAUAAAACUUUGACAAACACCUAAGAAGGUUGCUACGCCGUAAAAAUGCUGCAAUUGACAGUCAAGACCUUGGAUUCACAAAAUCAUUCCUUCAGUUGUGAUGACGAUAUUACAGUACGUGGUUUCAAGGAACACAUAGCUGAAACUGUUUCCAUACCAGCUGAUUCUCAAAGAUUGAUUUACUGUGGAAGAGUUUUGCAUGAUGAGAAAAAACUCACCGAUUACGGUAAUGUUGAUGGCAAAGUUAUACAUUUAGUUCAGCGUGCUCCUCCACAAGCGGAGUCACGCACUACCAGUAAUGAAAGUCAAAGACAAAAUAAUAACCAAGGAUGGCAAAGUGGAUCGCGCCUACAUCUUCGAGGACAUUUUCCUCGAAAUGCAAUGUACUUGAGUGCAGUAUCAUUGCCUACGGAAGUGGUUGAAAACCAUGGAUCGCAAGCACCUCAACUAAGUAACACUCUUUCCAAUAGUCGUUUGGUUACUGCUAGACACAUGUUAAACAAAGCUUCUCAAUUAAUGGAUCGAUUAGACGAUCCUUCAUUACCGCUUCAUCCUAAUCCAACUGAAAAUAAUUCAUCAGAAUCAUCAACCCAAGCUUCGGCACCUGGUGGUGAAACAGAACAAGAAAAUAAUUCAGGUAAUAAUGAAACUAAUACUAGCGACGUCAAUAGAAUAGCACAAGCAGCAUCCGAAAUGGCAGCUGCAUUCUCUGCUGCAGCUCUUAUCAACAUAAGAUUAUCACCAGCUGAUGACGGAGGUUCUAUGAAUGUAAUGGAUUCAACUCAGUCAGAUCAAAAUGACCAAGUUCGAAUAAUAGAAUCGGAAUUAGAAUUACAAAAUGCUCAAGCGCAGAGUUCCGGAACACCAGAUGAAGCAGAGCUUCAAAGAGUAGAAACCGACAGGCCGGAAACUUCGACAGCUGAUGAUAGUCAAAAUAGUCGCCGAGCAACACUUCACGUUCCUCGUCCACCAUUAAUGGCUGAACUAUUAGAAAGAUUAGUUGCUACCCAAGAUAGACUUAGGCCAUAUAUCGACCGUUAUCGCCAUUUAAUGUCAACUGAUCCUAUUCUUACAACAGGAGCUUCGGGACCAGAAGGGGUCGCAGAAAAUCAAAGAGUUAUCGAUGGUGUCAGUGAAUGUUUACAUUACUUGUCUCACGCUUCUCACGCACUGAGUGACAUUAUUGUAGACAUGGGACAACAACCUCCAAGAAAUUUGCGAUGUCGACCGAUCAUCAUACAAUCUUCAGCUAUCUUACAAGCAGGAAUACCUAUUCAUGUCGAGUCCCAUAUCAAUUUCAAUGGACGUUCUGCCUCCACCAAUAAUAAUUCUAUGGAUGAAGGAAAUGAAGCUACAAGACCGUCAUCACCAAGUUCUGCAACUUCUGAUCAGACAGGCAACAGAUCUACUAGUGCUAAUAAUCGAACGACUUCUCAAAGUACUAACGGACAACAACAAAGUCAAGGGCAAUCAUCUCUGUUAGGUCUUCUAGAUCUCUCAAAUAUAGUACAAAUGUCCACGGAACAAAGUCCUCAAAAUACAGUUGACUUAAAUUCUUCUAAUUCAAUGGAUGCUACCGAAAAUGAUCAGAAUCAAACUAAUAACAAUAAUAGUACUAGCAACAAUGGUUCUAGUAAUAUGUAUAUGCAUCAACCGUUUGCCUUGAUACGUGACGCUCUCCAAAGUGUAUUGGGCGAUAGAGGUGCAUUCCAAGUUGAUGCCUCAGGAGGCACAGGCGGAGGGAAUGCAACGUCCAAUGUACCUUUUGUGACCAUAAUAGGUCAGCAGAUGGAUAUCAAUGCUUCAAACUCGGGACAAAGUACUCAAGCUAGGAGUAACAUUGGUACGCAUCCCACGACAUCCACUCAAACUCGUAGUACGUCACGACCGCACGUUUUGCAUCCACACACUCCAUUGAACAUGGGAAUGGGCAUGGGUCAAAAUCUAGAUUUUGAUCCGUAUUUACCAUGCAAUUCACAUCACGUUCGUAGAAAUCCUCCAGUGACAACCAGUUCUACGUCUACUUCUCAGUCCAAUCAACCUAAUCAAUUUUCUACUACGGAAAGUAACAAUCGCUCCCAGUCUGCUUCACGCUCAUCUGCAUCAACAUCUACAUCCACUAGGCAAGGGCCUGGCGGUACUUCAGUUACUUUUACUCUAGUUGAUCAUUCUAACGUUGCUCGUGAUAUUCUUGACAACACUGGACAGGGAUUAGGAGCCAUGGAUCUACCAUUGCAUUUAGGAGAAUUAUUACAAGGCUCCAUGAGUGAUAAUGUACAUAUUUCGUUUGUUGGAGGAGGGCCAAAUGCUAGCGAGGUACACUUGACACCAAAUAACGAUUUACCAUUAAUAGAAUUAUUGCGGUCGAUGAACUUCCGUGUCAAUGAAUCGAAUACUAGACAUAACUUUUUAAAUGAUCUUGGGAUGUUUUUGUUGCGAAAUAUUACAAUGGGAAACCUGGUGCAAUUAAAUAUUGGUCAAACGACACCGUUAAUGAAUCUGCGUCAACCUCUUCGUGAAUUUUUGGAACAUUCUUUCCCUAACACAUCACAAGAAACUCUUCAAGAGCUCGUGAUUGAACAGAUUAUUUUACUUCACCGGCCAUAUGUGCGGAAUUUCAUUAUACCUGAAAUACCUCAUGAAGACUUAGUACGCAGACCAGUCGAUAUAGCGGCGACUUUUGAAGCUGUGUUGCGCAGAUUUUGCUUUGAUUUCUUAAAACUCUUGUUUAAUAAUGACUUAGAUAAUGCAACUUUUGCACAACGCGCAAUCGCACUGGCGAGGAAAUUAGACGACCAGUUUACUGCAAUACUUCAAUAUGUUAUGCAACAUAGUCAAGCCACAGUUGAUAUCAUAGUAAGAUUUCUUGUGAUUCGCUUGACUAGUGGUUUUCCUACUUCCUUCCAACGAACAAUCCUAGACAUGCUGAGACAACGAAUCGAUUCAUAUGCGAUAAGAACAACUGAAAUGUCAGAGGAUGAAAUCGUUUCUCUACUUGUGUUCAAAAACAAACGACCCAGUGCACCACCAGCUGAAGAUCCACCAGCACCGGCUCCUGCUGCUGUUCCUGAACGUGCAUGCCCACGUGUGUCAGUUGAUAGAAAGCCAGAGGUUGAACCGGAAUCAGAACCACAAGCACAAGCUCAAGCUUUUCCGUCACAACAGCAGCCGUCAGCCAAGUCAGAAUUUAAAAAAACCGAGGAAAUUAAGGAGGUUCAAUCUGAGUUUUCUUUAUUCACUAAACAGCCAAUGGAAACUGAGGCAUCGGAAAAUAAAAUAGCUGGGUUUAUAGAUCUCGCUGCUGGUCAAGAUAUACCUGAAACAUUUCCUGGAGCAGAAAAUGUACCUCCUGAGUGGGUGCCAAUCAUAGCCCGUGAUUCAAUACGUCAGCGGCGCCAAGUACAGAUAGACGCAUUAAACGGAGGUCCGAUUCCCUUCAGCGACGCCUAUCUAAGUUCGAUGCCCUCAAAGCGUCGCAAGCUCAUUGAGCAGCAAAAACCUCAGCUUCUUAUGAGUCCAACGCCAACUAGCACAGCUAUUGCAGCAUCUGUAGAACGUUUAGUUCGUGAAGGCAUUUCGCAUUCACGUGUCGACGAAGUCGAGGGUUCAGCUAAUGCUGUUGCCAAUGCACCAGCUGUCAGAAGUGCAUUUGGUCAUGCCAUCAGAGACUGCAUACAUCCAAGUAGACUCAGUACACCUGAUUUUCCUAACUCACGUAGGUUCCCUAAUGCGACGAAAGUGUUUGCCAGAGGAGAGCAGGACAACGAGGCGCCAAGUGGAGCGUCGAGCUCCAGCAAGUAGGAUCUGGCCUGGAUGCAGCUGGCCGCCAUUUGUUUUUGUUUUAUUGUCCUCAUUGUCGCUUCCAUUUGGAGAUGAGCAUUUGGGAUAAGUGAUGCGAACUUUGAAACCUAUAAUGACUUUAGUAUCAAACUUGCACAUGAGAAUUUCACUUCUUUUCUUUGGCAAGAAAAGAGUGUAGUUGUUGAUGGUUCACAGCUCUGAGCUUACAUUUUUUAUAGAACAUAGCAAUGGAAGCACUCUGAAAAUUUUCUGACAUUAAAAAAACAUUUUAUAAUAAUUUUAUUACCAUUUGAUAAAUGUUUUCUAAAGUGCUCCUAGUACUGAAUAUACACUUCACACAAGUCAGAAGAUAGCUUGUCUUACAAAUAAUUAACUUUACGAGUCUCGAAUUCACGAGGCCUCUUAGAAUUUUUGAUGCCCCUCUAAACAUUUUGUUUAACUUAUUUUUACUUUAUAAAUAUAAAUCAAGUCAAUUUUUUCUCUUUUAUAAGAUGAUGUACUGUACACAAAAGAACGUAGAAGUUGAAUCAAAGUUGCUCGAUGGCAAAAUAUAAAUAAUAUAGUUUGUGGUACUUGUUUGUCCAAGAGCGUCGUCACAUCUAAAAUGUUACUGUAGAUUUAUAUAAUAAAUAUAAGUAGCACUAUUAACUUUGUGCUUGACAUUUUAUUUAUAGUUUCUGCAACAACAAUAACGAUAAUAUCAAUAUUGGUAAGUAUAGUAAGGAUAAUGUUUUACAUAAUUUGUCAUUUCAUAAUAUUUCGCUGUCUUUUAUAUAAUCAUAGCAAAUAUUAAUGAAAUCAUGUGAAAGCGAUGAACUCUUACUUCUCACUGAUGUACAUGAAUGUCCAUUAAUUAAAAAAAGAAAAAAAAAAUUUAUUUAAAGGCGAUAGUUUGUAUUUUAAGAAAUAUCUAAUAUAAUUUUCCUUUUUCAACAUCGAUUUACUUGAGUAAAUGACCAGUCAAAAAAUUCAAAUUUUUUUCAAUCAUAUUAAGGUAGUAGAGGCAAUCAAAAAUUAGUAAUACGACGAAAAUUCUUUUUCUAUGUAAUAAAAAGUGUAAUUACUGAUUGAUUGUGAUGGAUUAUUGUCAAACAAGUGAUGGAUCAAUUAAAAAGAUAUACGGCAGCUACAGAGGCGGUUUUUAUGAUUUUUAUCAUAAACGUUUAUUGAACAAUCAAUUGACUUUACAUGGCAGCUUACGUUUAAAGUUAAUGAUUAAAAUUUUGUAUUUAUUUAAUCUGCUCUUCGCUACAUUAAUUCUAAAAAAAAAACAUAAUAGUAACAUUCCGUCAUUAUUAUUUAUAAACGAGAUUGUAACAGAUAAAGUUUGUCUAUCUUUAAAAUUAUAUUUUAAUUUUCAAAUUUUAAAUUGAAGACACUUCAAUUACAGUUAACAAGGGAAUUUGAAAUUUAGCAUAUAAUUUUUUAAUUAUUACAUUGAGAACUUGUCUAUGAAUUUCAAGCAUUUACCAUUUCUUUCGAUUAUUUGUAACCAAUACUACCUUUCUUUUAAUUUACUACCUUCAUUAUCGAUAAAUUUCACAGGUAGUUUUCUUUAAAAAUUAUUACAUUUUCUUAACACGGUCAGUCGUCACUUGAACGAGGAAAGUUAUCUAAAAUUUAUUUAUAAAUUAAGAAAAAAUAUAACGUGUCUAAUCUAAUUCAUUAUAUGUCUGUAAAAACCAGAUAUCCUACCUUAAUUUGCAAAUAAAAUGUUACU